AGAUGGCGGCCUCCAGAGAGAAAACGUGAAAAAACAUUUGUCUGCAAGAAUUUUCAUAUAUAUUCCGUAUAUUAAAAUGGCAACUUAUUUUAAAAGAACAUCUGUUCACAAGAUCAUACAAUCAUUAAUUCGCCUUGGUCAGCUUGGAUUUAAGGAUGGAAGAAAACUUGAAGACAGUUUAGUCAGUCUUAUCAGAGUCAGAGAAGCCUCCAAAAUGUUCAAAGCGUCAGAGCGGCAGUUGGAGUUGCGAGCAGACAGCCUGUCAACCCUUGUGGGUGAAGGCUGGAAAGAGUCUGUUGUAAAUGAUAAGGUUAACCUCAGUGAUACAGAAAAUGUCUAUCUUGAUAAAGACUUUAUUCGUGUCCAGUUGGAUAAUCGUGAAUUUAGCCAGCACAUUUUGAAAAAUAUCCAGCAGGCAGGACCAAGUUAUGGAUAUGAGAGACUUGAAUCAUCACCAGAAACGGUGCUCGUUGAAUACAGUUCUCCAAACAUUGCCAAACCCUUUCAUGCAGGCCAUCUACGGUCGACCAUCAUUGGUAAUGUUAUUGCCAAUCUGUACGAAGCUCUGGGACAUAACGUGAUCCGCUUGAAUUUUCUUGGUGAUUGGGGAACACAGUUUGGGCUUUUGGCAGCUGGAUUUAAGAAGUACGGUCAGUUUAAAAAGCUGGAAGAAAGGGAUCCAAUGUUACACUUGUUUGAGGUGUAUGUGCGAAUCAACCAGGAUGUGUCUGCAGAGGAUGAAUCAGAUAUGAGAAAAAAAGCAACGUAUGCCGAGGGUCUUGAGUUAUUCAGGAAGCUUGAACAAGGUGAUCCUGAGAUAGUGUCUUUGUGGAAAACAUUCCGGAAAAUCACCAUGGAAGAAAACAACAAAAUGUAUGAGAGAUUAGGAAUCAAGUUUACAGAGACCCACACAGAGUCCAUGUACAAUGACAAGGUCAAGGACAUAGUAAAACGACUGGAGAAGGAAGGACUUCUGAAAUAUAAUGAAUCUGGUGUAGGGUACAUGGAUGUUAUGUUUGCUGGAAGACUAGGACCUGCCAAACUCGUCAAGAGUGAUGGAACGUCGUUGUAUCUAUCCAGAGAUGUAUCGGCAGCUGUUGAUCGUUAUGAAAGGUUCAAGUUUGAUAGGAUGCAUUAUGUGGUCGAAAUGGGUCAACGGUCACAUUUUGAGCAGCUCAUUGGAGUACUCAGACUAAUGAAAGAACCGUGGAUACUAGAAAGGGAACUCGGCGACGUUCACAUACAGUUUGGUCGCAUUGAAGGGAUGAGCACACGGAAGGGGGAGGUAAUCUUCCUGCGAGAUAUUGUCGAUGAAGCCAAAUCCAGGAUGAUCAAAACUCUGAAAGAAAAACAAACAACACGAGACGGCAUUGAAGUGGAAGAAGUCAGUGACAGGCUAGGAAUCAGCUCCAUAAUCGUACAGGACUUGAAAGAUCGACGGAUUCGCAACUACAAAUUCAGCUGGGACCGAAUGCUCAACUUCAAAUCAGAUUCUGGAGUCUUCCUACAGUAUUGCCAUGCGAGACUGUGCAGCAUGCAGAGAACUUGUGGAGUGGAUCUUCAGGACGGUGCAGCUGUUGAUAGUCUGGUUGAAGAAGAGGCACAGCAGUUAGUUCUACACAUGGCCAGAUAUCCAGACGUGGUCCAGAAAGCCUGGGUAAACUUGGAGCCAUGUUAUAUUGUUCAGUACUUGUUCCGAUUAGCACAUUUGACGAAUGUGGCUUACAGCCAUCUACCAGUAAAAGGACAGCACUCUGAUGUAGCACAGGUAGGACAGUCAGAUUUAUAGCUUUCUUGGUGUAUAAUAUAUG